AACAACAAUCGACACCACGCAACGAAAGAAAAGAGAGGAACGACACGAAACCAGAAGAAACCAAACCAAACCCAUCCAAUACAAUCCGAUCCAAUCCAUGCACCGGGCGAGAAAAUGACCGGUCGUCUUUUCGCCGCGGCAUCCAUGUCGCUGUCGAUGUCGCUGUCGAUGUCGCUGUCGCUGUCGAUGUUCCUGUUCCUGUUCCUGUUGGCAUCGCUGCGGGCACCCCGCGCAGGGGCGCUCGGAUCCUACCAGAGCGGCCCCGCUACGGGCUCGUUCUACGCCGGGGGCCUGGACUCUACCGACGAGCACGUUUUCGUCACGGGCAUCACCUACGCAAAUGCAAAGGCGGGCGAGAGCGGGGAGGAAAAACUACCCACCAGCGAGUCCUCCUGCUUUGUCACGGUCUUUGAGUCCGACAGGAUCGACUCGCACCCSCAAACGAUCGCGAGCGUCGUCGGGGACGGGAGCGUGACGGAGAGCUGCCACGCGCUGAACCUCCUCCACGACCCCAUGCUUCCGUCGGGCGGGGAGUUCCGGCCCUUUGUGGUGGUGGGAACCUCGGAUCCGGGGGGGAUCUACGGAUCGASMGGAAAGACGCCCUCGGGCUUUCUCAUGGCGCUGAACCCGAAGGUGGACCAGGAGGUGGUCAUCCGGGCCGGCCUGUCCCUGGACGACGCCGCGAGGACCGCCUCUGCCGCUUCGGGCUCGCCCCCGGCCACCGUCUCCUAYCCCGUCUCGGUCCUCUACGAGUACGACGAAGCCGCACAAUCGGUGACGGAGGUCCCCGACGUGGAACGGAGGGAGGGCGUGGCCUACGUCCUCUCGCUCACCAGCACCGAUCUCACCCUCAACCCCAGCCACGACCACAUGGUGGAAGCCUACCACCACCAGCCCAACUGGCUGCGCCGCCGCAAGUACGGGACGGACUAUUCCAUGACCCUCCAGCGCUUCCUUGCCAGGCCGAAGGGGAGGCGCGGGACCAAGCUCGAGGCCGACUGGACGGUGUYCUACCCCGUGGAGGGUUUCGCCCCCCAGCUCGACCUGGCGGGGAUGGUCCUUUCCUCCGGCGGGAAGCGGCUGGUGGUGGCCGGAUCGACCGAUGGAAGCGGGGAGGUCUACGGAAGGGUCCAAGCGGGGACGAUCGACACGGACGGCUUUCUGGCCGUCGUCGAAGCGACCACCGGAACCGCCGUUGGCGGAACCGCCGAAGGAAUCACCAGCAACCUACGGGUAGGAACCUCCAAGGACGAUACGAUCCUGGCCAUUUGCGACGAUCCCACGGACGACAACUUUUUUUUCGUGGUGGGAUCCACCGGGCCCCACGACUCCCUUUGGCAAGAGGAACUCGGGGCGAUGGGGGGCCGCAUCGACGGCCACGAUGCCGUCCUGCAGCCCGCCAAGGGCAGCACCUUUGCCUUUGUCCAGAGGCGAAACUCCAAGACCCUCGAGAUGGACUGGGGAAAGAUCUGGGGGGCCAGGAAGCCCGCCGACCAGCCCGCCGACCAGCCCGCCACGGUGUCCGCCACGGCAUGCAAGGCCCUCCCCGACGGGACCCUGUACGUGGCCGGGAUUGUCGAGGACGGGGCCCACCUGAAACGGGACCGAGGCGACGGGAGCAACCACCAACGCUACGGCGACGACGUCUUUGCGAUCCGCUUUGUCGGUUCCAACGGGGCCGUCGGCUGGAUCGCCCAGUUUGGAUCCCUCGACGGCUCGGAGGGACUGGCCCCCGGCGGGGCCAUUGCGGUGGACAAGAAUCAGAACCUGGUGCUCUUUGGAGAGACCACCGGAUCGCUCUACCGAAAGGGAGAGAAACGCGGAGACAAAACGGGAACCUCGGACAUUUUUCUCACCACCCUCACCAAGUCCACCGGGAGCCACGACCUGGUGAUCGGGGAGGAGAGCUUUCUGGACGCGACRACGGCGGGAAACAUCUACGGACCCAAGGGAAUUUUCCCCARUUUGUCGGAGGAGGAAAAGGCCAUCUUUGGAUUCAACGAAGGCAAAUGGAACGAGGACCAGAUCUACGGAGACAAGAACUGGUUCGAUCAGGAGGGAAUCGGCGUCCAGCAGGGACCCAACCCCGGGGCCCUCUUUGCGGGCGGAAUGAUCUAUAACCCGCAGGACAAAGCGGUGUACAUGACCGCGGUGGCCUUUCCGGGGGACGGUGGMGAGCCCAACUGUUUGCUCACCAAGCUCCCCGUGGGCGGCGGCGGCGCGGCCGUAAAGGACUUUUCGCGGGCUACCUWYAGRUCCAUUGGGAGCAGCGACGAGGCCCUCGAGGUUUGCAGCUCGGUAGCCAUGCACAACAACGAUGUGGUCGUCGUGGGCAGCGCCGARCAGGGCAGCACACUCGCGUCCCCCGACUCUCCGAUGGGGGGGUACGCCAUGGCCCUCGACAACAAGGAACUCGGGACCAUCGACUCGGCGCUUCUCAGCAGUAGAACCCGGUACCCCACCAAUGUGCUGAGCGAUGGAGAGAACCUCUAUAUUUUGGCGCUCACGCCCACGGACGACGAGUUUUCGAGGGAGUACAAGGAGGUCCUGGAGGUCUCCAAAACCAACAAGCUGUACUCUCCCGACUGGAUGAACAUGCAGAAAUACGGAACGAGCCUCAACAUGGCCAUCACCAAGCUCUCCCUCCGGCAGGAACUCGUAGACGGGGUCCCGAUCGCCGGGACYACCUUUGCAAGGGCGUGGUCGAAAAACUUCCCCAUCCGGGCCGACGAGAAGGGGCUCUUACCCCGCGUCGCCCUGGCUGGAGCCGUCAUAAAGAAGGACCGGGGCUUUUUGGCCGUUGCCGGAAGCACCCGGGGGACUGGAUACGCCUACGGGCCGAAGGAAGGAGACGACGARGACGGAUUCCUUGCCCUAAUCAGCCUGCAAACCGGGGACCUCGCAACUUCCGAGAUCCGGAACACGAUCCGCGAGGGCACGGCGGAAUACGACGACGUGCUCGGAAUCUGCGACGAUCCCGCAGACGACGGUAGCCUGUACCUGGUUGGAACCACGRAGGGGUCCAUGGCCAGUUCCACCCAGGGAAGUAUCACUAUCCCGGCUGGGUCUCUCCAGGCCUACAUACGCAAGGUCUCGACCAAGAACCUCGCGACUUCCUCCUGGACGGUCCAGCUGGGGGCCGUCCGGAAGGACUCGGAUUUGGGGGAAGACAAUGCCGACGACGACGGGGUGUUUACGAUCCCUACUACCGCCAAGGCCAUUGAUUGCGUCGUGUCCGGGGACAACUUUUACGUUGCGGGAAUCGUCGACGACAAUGCCAGGAUGGUCAAGGACGAUCUGCCGCGAUUGACCCGUGGCGGUGACGACGUMUGGGUGGCACAGAUUCAUGCCCAAACGUAAGUGACACAAAACGAAUAGAAUCGAUGCAUACAUCGAUCCACCAGUCGUUCUGAAUAGGUCGAAGAAAAAUYCACUGGUGUGGUACUUCUAUUUCUCUGAAUGUUUUUUAUUCCGGAUGCUGUAACUCAUUUUCUUUUGGUUCUCUUUUCAAACGCAACAACCACAAAAUAGUGGCAAAUUGGGAUGGUUGCGACAGGUCGGCUCUCCCGGCAACGAUCACCUUGCUCCCCACGGUGCUCUAGCUCUGACGGAGGAAGGAAACAUUCUCGUGUACGGCGAUACGAACAGCAGGUUUCACAGAGAUCGCCCAGAAGACGACGACAAACUGACCGAAACUUUCCUUAUGGAAUUCGGUCCCAGCGGAAGGCACAAGUCGCACGUGCGGCACUACAAACAGCCAAGAACGGACCCCCCYGCUGCCGAGGAAAACCCCGUGCCGAUCGACAUUGUCAAUGCCGGAAAAUUCGAUGGCAAGGGUCUUUCGAUGGGGGGCAUCAUAGGCAUCACUGUAUCGUUGUUGAUCGUGCUGUCGGGCCUCGCGUACUAUUUUCUCCACGCGGGGCUCGUGGUCCGACGAUCGGCGAUUCUCCGCAACCAGGUUGAGGACAUGGUCGAGGAUCUUGACGGCGUCGUCUCGACUGACAAGAGUGGCACCUACAGCGACGCGUGGUCUGCCUUGUCGGAAAGCGAGGUCCCUUCGGAGUAUGACGACGACGCUGGCAACACGGACCUAAACCAAACAGGAUACGAAUCGAAGGAAAUUGUUUAGAGAUAUGUUUGGUGUUGCAGUACUGGAGUUCGAUAGAUCCGGAUGAUAUUACUGAGUAUAUAUUACAAUA